AUGGCUUUGCCAGGGUUGCUGCGGUUGGAGUGGAGAGGAUUGGAUUAUAUUCCUAGCAGGGUAAUGUCCUUUCUAAAAGCACAUCGAAUGGUUGAGAAGCGAUGUGAAGCAUAUCUAGCCUUUGUGAGGGAUGUUAGUGCUAAUACUCCCACCGUUGAGUUAGUUUCGAGACCGUUAGCAUUGGAUGUUCAGGCUUUGGCCAAUCAGUUAGUGAGGUUGGAUGAUUCGGAACCUAGCUGCAUUCUUGCUUGCGUGGUUUCUCGGUCUUCUUUGUACGAGCGCAUCAAGGCGUGUCGGUAUGAUGAUCCCCAUCUGCUUGUCCUUAAGAACACGGUGCAGUAUGACAAUGCCAAGGAGGUUACUAUUGGAGAUGAUGGGGCGUUGUGGAUGCAGAGCCAAAUUUGCGUGCCCAAUGUGAUUGGGUUGCGUGUGUUGAUUCUUGAGGAGGCCCACAUUUUGCGGAAUUCCAUUCAUCCAGUAUUUAUUAUCUUUGAUCAAGGCAUGCAGUUCACAUCAUAUUUCUGGUGCAGUGUGAGUUAG